UUCUCUUUUCACCAGAUGUUGUAUUACGGCUGCUACAAAGACUUCGGACCCGACCCACCCGCUUGGAUACCCGACCCGAAGGUUGCUUCUUCAACUAACGUAGGCAAGUUACUAAAAAGGCGUGGUAAAGUGUUGUUAGGUGAUGAUUACAAGAACCCUGUUUCGAGUUUCUCGACUUUUCAAGAAUUCUCUGUAUCAAAUCCUGAGGUGUAUUGGAAAAUUGUGCUGGAUGAGUUAAACAUAGUGUUCUCUGUACCUCCUAA